AUGGCGCUUGGGGCUGCCAGCGGCCUCUUUCGGCUUGGCCGUCCUGGGCCUUCUGGGCCUUGGCUUUUGGACCCGGCAAACGGCGGAGAGGACGGGCGGGUGACGGCGAACGGCGUGGGCGGCACAGCGGCUCGCCAAGCCUUUGAGGAAGAACACGCCGAACCACACGUGGUGGUGCGGACGGUCCACUGCACACUCCAACACCAAAGAAAAAUGCUCUUCAGUGCCUUUGACGUCGCCCUACGGCGGCGCGAGCCCGAUAACAGUCACGUGGCGGACGAGGCUUCGAGGAGCAUCGAUUGGGAGGAGAUCUCGUCGGAUUGGGAGGAGAUCCCUGGCAUCGAUGAGAUCAUUCAUCGAGCCGAAGGCCUGCCGGUCUGGGCCACGAAGAAGGUCCCCCGUGAGCUGUCGGACCUCUUCUACGGCUCGAACCCUUCCGAGAUCCCCUGGGCGCGCACGGAGUGUGUCAUCGACGUGGUCCAAGCGACGUCCUACCUCGGCCAGGGCGUGGUCUUCCUCUACCGGGCAAUCAAGUACGAUGGCUGGCAGUGCCCAGACAAUUCCAAUGUGGGCUGUGCCAUCAGCGUGUCUGGCUUUAUCGCCUCAAUGUUUUGGUUAGCCUCCUACCUCUCCUUGGCCUCCUCCGCCUGCGCGGACUCCUUGAACUCCAACGGCCUCUGCGGCGCGGACUGGCUAGCGCUCACGGCGGACUUUGCGGAAGUCGCCAACGCGGGCGCGGGCAUUCAAGAGGCGACCGGUGCGACCGGUCUCGCGCCCGCGUCGACGGCGGGUCGCGUGCGGGUCGUCGCCUUUCCGGGUAGCCCAAUGCCAUGCGGGGCGCGGGGCGCGGGGCGUGUGGGGAGGAUUGUGACUUUGGCAAAGACUGGAUCACGCUGCUCAACGUCACCGGUGAUGUGCCAGGCGCGCCGGUCGUGGGUCGCGCGGGUCGGACUGGGGUGCGGUGGGGGAAGGCACUAA